GGUCGACCAGUGUUUGCUUAUUUUCCUGCUCGAUGUUCGACUACAUGAUAAAAUAAUGGCGGUGUUUCUGGUUUCUGCCUCAUAGGCAGCUUCGCUUUAGGGCGGGAAGGUUCUGAGCCGUGAUUCUAGCCGCUGUCGGUCCUUUAAACGGCACAUUUGAGCGGAAACAAAGGUGUUUUUCUCCCAGAAGGCAGCGCGUCGCUGCAGCAUGAGCGGCUAACUGGAGCUUUUACAGACACGUUUCUCUGGUUUUAACGAGACUAAACCCCCCGGAGCGGAGAAGGCGUGGAGGACGGCCGCUGAGGCUGCUGGGAUUGCGACCGGGUCUCCGUGGACAUGACCUCCCAGCACCCCCACCCCCCCAGCGCUCGCACCCCCCCCCCACCUCCACCACUCCUCCCAGCCGCCUCACCUACACCACAACCACGUGGACUCGGGUCUGAGCGGCGCCGGGCCGGUCCGAGCUCUGACCUCCAGGCCGGGCUCCUCCAGGGAGGUCCGGAACCCCCCCGGCUCCGCCCCCUCCCCCGGGUCCCGCCCCCAGGGCUCGGACCCGUGGCCCGAGGAGGCGGUGGACGACUCCCACGGCCUGUACUCGCUGCACCGCAUGUUCGACAUCGUGGGGGCCCAGCUGACCCACCGGGACGUCCGGGUUCUGUCCUUCCUGUUCGUGGACGUCAUCGACGAGUACGAGCGCGGCGGCAUCCGGAGCGGGCGGGACUUCCUGCUGGCCCUGGAGCGCCAGGGCCGCUGCGACGAGACCAACUUCAGACACGUCCUGCAGCUGCUGAGGAUCAUCACGCGCCACGACCUCCUGCCUUACGUCACGCUCAGGAAACGGCAGGCCGUGUGUCCUGAUCCGGUGGACAAGUACCUGGAGGAGACGUCGGUGCGCUACCUGUCCCCCAGAGGAGCAGAGCCCUGCACCGACUCCACGCCCCACCGGAGACCAGGUCCCCAGCCGGUCAUCUGCUGCCCCCCUUCAGGACCUCAUGUUGGACCACAUGUCGGGCCCCCCAGAACCAAGCCGGCCCCUGCAUCGCACCGUAAACGGAAGAGGAGCCACUCUUCAGCCGACUGCAGGGAGAAACAGACCUGUGACAUCCGGCUGCGCGUCCGGGCCGAGUACUGCCAGCACGAGUCGGCGCUGCAGGGGAACGUGUUCUCCAACAAGCAGGAGGCGGUGGAGCGGCAGUUCGAGCGCUUCAACCAGGCCAACACCAUCCUGAAGUCGCGGGACCUCGGCUCCAUCAUCUGCGACAUCAAGUUCUCCGAGCUCACCUACCUGGACGCCUUCUGGCGGGACUACAUCAACGGCUCGCUGCUGGAGGCCCUGAAGGGCGUGUUCAUCACGGAUUCCCUCAAGCAGGCCGUCGGCCACGAGGCCAUCAAACUGUUGGUCAACGUGGACGAGGAGGACUACCAGGCCGGCCGCCGCAAGCUGCUGCGGAACCUGGUGACGGCCGGCUCCGCGCUGGGCAGCAGGGACGGCGUCUCCUAGGCGACCGGCGCCGCGGCGCUGAGAGGACCCGGGAACUUCCCUAGGAACCCCCCUGGGCGCGUGCUCGGGGCCCUGGAGCUUCCUGGAGUCCCCCUGGGCGCGUGCUCGGGGCCC